AGCCGUCAACUUGAUGAUGAUAUACUGUUGCGACCUCUUUCUCCUUGUUUUCCUCGUCCCCUCUUGCUUUGAAUUCGCGACAGGCAUGAGUGAGCGCGCGCGGAAUAAAUGUAUGACACCGAUGUAAACGGCAAGGGUGAACCGGAGGAAAAAAAGGAAAAGGGGGAUCCCCCGAUUUUGUACCCCCGAUAUUUCAGCUAGUUCGCUGUCGAAAGUGAACUCUUGAUUCCAGUUCUGAGCGGACCGGCUGAGCAUUCGCAUCGUCCCUCGGACAUAAAUCUUCUUUUAAACAUCAACAUCCAGACAAACAAUAAAGGAAAACGAAAAAAAAAUAACGGAGAAAAAAACGAAAGAUUGUAAAUUCUCGUUCAUGUAAAUUGUACAUAAUAAUCGAUGAUCGUAAGAUCAUUAGAGCCACCAGGAUCAAGAGAACCCAUCAGUUCUUGAUCGUCGAAUACCAUUUUGCCGAGGUUCCAUCUAAUCAAAGUGUUAUACUUUUUUGCUUCGAAAACUCGAUUGAACUAUGAAUUGCAUCUCAUUUAAUCUGAUCAAGUUAUUGCGUGAAGAAUCAAGAGUGAAUACAGUGUAGUGCAUACAAGAUUCUCGAUUCUUGAAAUUCUAUUCAAAUCCGAAUUUCCCGCGCAACUGUUUCUUCAAAACUUCCGUUUUUUUCACGAAGUGUCCGAAAUUUAAAAGAAAGAAGUAUAGUGAUCACGGAAGCGCAAUUUUUAAACGGCUGACACAGUGUCGUGAGAUUGAUAAUAUAUCACACUUAGGUUUGUAUAAAGCUAUUUUAUUUCGCAAAUCACUUUAUCGAAAAAAAAAAAGAAAAAAAAAAGCAAAAAAUAGUCUAGAGAAGAUGAACCAUGUGCUUGACAUUUCUAUGCGUCAUUAAUCGAGAAAUAUACGUGUAAUCAGAAUAGAAAGAAGAAUUGCAGAAAAAAUAAUGAAUUUAACGAAGAAGCAAUUAAUAGUAAGCGAAAAAUUCAAGAUCACAGCAAUGUCGAUUAUGCGGAACAACGCAUUCUCGGCUAAUUAGAAUAUAGCUGUUUUUUAUGAGCGUGGAAGAGGAAGAGGGAUUCAGGCAAUAGAUCGGCCGCGAAGGGGUCGGGGUGUGAUGAGCUUUGGGGGAACGUGCAUGGACUCGGAUAUUCAUUACAGAGUUCCCCAGCCGGACAUUCGCAUUUAACAAGAUCGUAUCGAUAUUACUUUUAUGCUUUAAUUUUUUCUUAUUGAUUUUUAAAUUAGAAAUACUAUUCUUUAUUUCAGUCUUAAUUCCGCGAUAAACUAAUUUAUAUCUAAACCAGAACUAAUUUUUAAAAUAUCUAUAUCUUAUAAUAACUGAACAUAUAGAAUACAGAUUUCAUACAGUCAUUGAUUUGCCAUUUUCCACUCAGCCGGUAUUCUUGAAUUUCAACGUGUAAUAGUCUUCCGUAGAUUUUCCACACGACAAAACGCAAAUCGCAUCCGGUCUCAGAAAAAGAACUCGGUCAAACUCGUUCUUUGUCUAAACUACAUCCUUUUAACCUUGAAAAUCUGUACAAGAGCUUAUAAUUCACUCAUGUGAAUUAAAUAAAUAUUUUGUAUAUAAUUAAUACAUUGAGGGACUAAUUAAAGGAAACGAAGAAAUAUAUAUAAAAAUAUGAAAUUGUCGACAGAAACACUGUUAUGUCUUCGCGGUAGUUCCGCGACCAAUACAGGAACACGCGAGAGAAAUAAUCAAAAACGGGAGAACUUCUUCACGGUGAGCGAAUAAAAUCAUUUAAAAUGACGGAAGCAUCGAGAGAACCGGAACUCGCAGAUCCUGAAAAUCCUGACAAAACUGCAUUGAAUCUAACAUCUGCUUCUAAUAAAAUGAAACCAUUGCCAGAACGUGGUACAUGGAGCACCAAGCUAGAUUUCAUUUUGAGCGUGGUGGGCCUGGCAAUUGGUCUUGGAAAUGUCUGGCGAUUUCCAUAUCUCUGUUAUAAGAAUGGUGGCGGUGCAUUUCUAAUUCCGUAUUUUUUGACAUUAGUUCUUGCUGGAAUUCCAAUGUUUUUCAUGGAAUUAGCUCUGGGUCAAAUGCUCACUGUUGGUGGUUUAGGCGUCUUCAAAAUAGCACCUCUUUUUAAGGGUAUCGGAUACGCUGCCGCUGUCAUGUCCUGUUGGAUGAAUGUUUACUAUAUCGUUAUCCUCGCCUGGGCUAUUUUCUAUUUCUUUAUGUCCAUGCGUAGUGAAUUACCGUGGGGAAGUUGUAACAAUUAUUGGAACACAAAAAAUUGUGUGAAUCCCUAUGAUAGAGAUUCACUAUCAUGUUGGCUUCAAAUGACUAAGCAUCAUAAUUUUAUUAAAGUAUGUUCUGUUAACGACGUUAAUAUGACUAUCACAGAAUUAACUGAUCCGGUCAAAGAAUUUUGGGAACGUCGAGCACUUCAAAUUAGCGAAGGUGUAGAAUAUGUGGGGAAUAUUCGUUGGGAAUUAGCUGGUACACUUCUUUUAGUUUGGAUUCUUUGUUAUUUUUGCAUUUGGAAAGGUGUCAAAUGGACUGGAAAAGUGGUGUAUUUUACUUCUUUAUUUCCUUAUGUUUUAUUAACGAUCCUUUUGAUUCGUGGAAUUACUUUACCUGGAGCUAUGGAAGGCAUUAGAUUUUAUAUUAGUCCAAAUCUUUCUAAAUUAAAAGAAUCUGAGGUAUGGAUAGAUGCAGUUACGCAAAUUUUCUUUUCAUACGGUCUAGGUUUGGGUACAUUAGUAGCUCUUGGUAGUUACAACAAAUUUACAAAUAAUGUUUAUAAAGAUGCUUUAAUUGUUUGUUCGGUAAAUUCUUCGACGAGUAUGUUCGCCGGUUUUGUCAUAUUUUCCGUAGUAGGCUUUAUGGCUCAUGAACAACAAAAGCCAGUCGCAGAAGUUGCCGCUUCUGGUCCAGGAUUGGCUUUCUUAGCUUAUCCAUCCGCAGUUCUUCAACUUCCUGGAGCUCCUCUUUGGUCUUGUCUCUUUUUCUUUAUGCUCCUUCUUAUAGGUUUAGAUUCUCAAUUUUGUACCAUGGAAGGAUUUAUUACUGCCAUGGUGGAUGAAUGGCCGCAAUUGCUUCGUCGACGAAAAGAAAUCUUUAUUGCGAUUGUUUGUGUUCUUUCUUAUAUUAUUGGAUUAUCUUGCAUUUCACAAGGUGGCAUGUAUGUCUUUCAAAUCCUGGAUUCGUAUGCAGUAUCCGGAUUUUGUCUUCUUUUCCUAAUUUUUUUUGAAUGCAUCUCUAUAAGCUGGGCUUUUGGUGUCAAUCGAUUCUAUGAUGCUAUAAGAGACAUGAUAGGAUAUUAUCCUCUUAUGUGGUGGAAACUGUGUUGGACUAUUACUACUCCUAUGAUUUGUGUUGGCGUCUUUAUCUUCAAUCUCGUACAGUGGACACCUGUAAAAUAUUUAGACUAUGAAUAUCCAUGGUGGUCGCAUGUACUCGGCUGGAUGACGGCUUUAUCUUCAAUGCUUUGUAUACCUGGUUAUAUGAUUUAUGCCUGGAUGACAACACCAGGAGAUAGAUCUACGAAAUACAAGUUAUUAGUACGAAUAGAAGAUGAUGUAACAAGUCUACGAAUGAAAAUGGGUCAGCCAUCGGUCGAACUGACGCCACUUUAACUGCCGGGAAUUUAUUUAAAUCCUAAAAAGGAUUUAUGGUUUUAAUUAUUACUUUCUAACUAUCAUUAAUUUAACGAAUUAAUGAUUUAAUAACAUUGUUAUUACUUUGGUAAUAAUUUUAUUGUAAAAUUUACUUUCUUCAUUCAUUCGAAAAAACAAAAAAUACUUUUAUUGUGUUCCUGUAUAUGAAAAAAUUUGUAUUAUUUAAACGAACGUUUUAAUGAUCCAGAUUAUAAUGAUUAGAUUUCUCUCAGAAAAAGAAAUUCUCAUUAAUUACAAAAUAACUAAAAGUGUUCAAAAAUGUGUGUUUAGUUUUAAAUUAAAUAGAAUAAUUUACCUAUUACUAUAUUAAUACAUGAAAUUUUUUAUAUACACGAAUUGUUCAUAAGAAAAUUGCAUUUAGAAAAUAAUCGAUGUUUUAUUUUUCAAGAUAAUUCUAAAAUUAAAUAUUUCAAGUACUUCAUAAAUAUUAAAAGUUUUGAAACUAUUCGUGUAAGUCUUGUUACAAAUUUAGCUGCUAACUUAUUUUAGCAAUAUCGGACAUGUACCAUAAAUAAAAAAUAUUGCACAUUUUAAAUUUGAUUAUAAAGUACAUAUUUAUGCUGCCAUGAUUAUUGUAUUUUACUACUCAGUUAAUUGUCAAGAUGAAAUUUUUUUUAUCAUUUAAAAAAUAUGUCGAUUUAUGCGUGAUUUUGCAGAAAAUGUGUGUGCAAAUUUUUUCUUAAUAAAAAUAGUAGUUUGCAUAGAAAAA